AUGACCAACCGUCGUCAAGAGAUCAGCAAUCAGUUCAAACCAGGUGAUACAACAAGCAUAACUGCGAUAGCGGAGAGCUACAAGAGCUUGCUGGGCAACCCGUCAAACAAGCAACAAGCAGCUGCUAAUCUCGCCGACCCCGGCGAGAUCAAACUCCUAAACCCACCAAAACGCCAGGAUACCGGGGCUUGGAGCAAAGAGCUCCUGACAGAGAUGGUCAGGCGGGGACUUGCGGCGGAAGGAAAGGGCAACGAGGCGCUGGCCCUGAUGUACUUCAACAUCAGCUCAGGGCUUGGGAAGCCAGGCCCGGACCUAUCGGGCAAAACCCAGGAGAACCUCCCUCCGGUUCAACUGAACCCAACCAGCAUUCAACAAGCGGAGAAGGACACCUGGAACCAAUUCUUGGCGGUCCCCACACCAAACCCUGUUGCAAUCCAACAAAGGUCAACAGACAAGCUAACCCAAGUGGGAUGUUGGCAAAGAAUACCGGCAGAAACCACCAGACAGGCCGGGGACAGAGCAACCAACAUCGUGGCCAGUCACCCAAUUGAGGACAAGGAUCGGGUCGCCAACCAAGCUCCCAAGGGUAUAAAGGCAGCCGCUGGGACAGCGGAUACAACGACCAAGACAACAAUUGAGCCUGUGAUUGCAACAACAACCAGGGUAACAAGCCCGGCCAAGGCCGAGGACGCAACCAGUAAGGCAACCACCAGUUGUUCCUUCCUUGCCCACACCAAGACCCUAGGUGGCCAUCCCGCCUAA